UGAGGAAUAUGGAGAAACAUAAAUCUCCAAAUAAGAAGUGGGGCGUAAGAUAGGUCACAUGUUGAAUGUCUGUGGAGUGCCACGGUAGAGAGUAGACUGAGGGGAUGGUUGAUACAGCCGAACCACAGUAAGGAGUUGGGGAAUUGCAUCCUGGACCCGUAGCAUGAAGAUGCGUGUCUGUGUGUGGCUCCUCUGGGUGUCCUGGUUCUGCACCUGUGCAGAGUACUCCAAGUGGUGCAAGUGUCAUGGCAUCGUGCCGGCAGAGCCAGGUUUAGACAAGAGGUCAAAGACCCUGUUCAAGGAGCGUGCUCAUCACAGUGGGGGACACCAGCACACACCUCACAGGAACAGGGCACACCGGAGAAAAGGUUCCAAGGUUCGAGCAGAAGAGAGACCUCCCCGCAUUGUCCACCACCCCUCUGAUGUGGUGGUGAAAGUUGGCAAUCCUGCCACCCUCUCCUGUCGCGCUGACGGAAGCCCGAAGCCAACUAUUGAGUGGCUACGCAACAAUCAGCUGCUAGAGACCGCAAAGAAAGAUGGCCAGCUGCAGCCGAUGAUCCUUUCAGACGGGAGCCUCUUCUUUCUGAGCGUGGAAGGGGGAAGACAGGGGCAGUCGCAUGAGGGUGUCUAUACCUGUGUGGCUAGGAACAGUGCGGGGAAGGACACCAGCCGUAAUGCAUCGCUGUUUAUCGCAGUGUUGAAGGAGGAGUUCAGUAUGCAGCCUACUGAUGUGGAAGUGGCAGAGGGGGAAAUGGCUGUUUUAACCUGCAGCCCCCCAGUGGGACAUCCGGAACCUAAUGUUGUCUGGAAGAAGGAUGGGCUGCCCAUCAGCAGUGCUGAUCAUCAUUACACUAAGCUGAAUGGGAAGCUUAUCAUCGGUCCUGCAGAGAAAAGUCACUCUGGUGCUUACGUGUGUGCGGCCAUCAACACUGUGGGGGAGAGGGAGAGCAGGGCAGCUCGGCUCUCUGUGCUGGCCAAGCCCGUACUGGUGCUGAAGCCAGAAAACGUAUCAGUAAGAGCGGGAGAGUCUGCCCAGUUUUACUGCCAAGCUAAAGGUGACCCUCCACCUGCUCUGGUCUGGAGCAGAGAGCAGGGACCACUGCCCAAUGGCAGGUACAUCGUAAACCCAGACCAGACUCUCCAGAUCCAUUAUGUGACAGCCCUGGAUGCCGGGAAGUACACCUGCACUGCUCUCAAUGAUGUGGGUGUGGUCACUGCCAGUGCACAGCUACUAGUUGAAGAGGCUGCCAACACUAAGCAGAAAGACCUCCACAAAGAGCUGUCAUCCCUGCGUGUGAUUCUGGAGAACGUCACCGUCAUGGCCCCUGAUUCUAACAUGUCCUUCGUACAGUGGAAGCUCCAGUCACUCCCAGCGCAGCCGCAUUACCUUGAUGGCUUUGAGGUUCUGUAUCGCUCUCUGCUCACUGCCAGCUCAGACUGGGCAGCAGAGAAGGUGACAUUCCCCAGCUUCCAGGCUCAGGUGGGCCCCCUAAAGAGAGGCUACAAGUAUGAUUUCAAAGUUCGGCCUUAUGGCAGCGGCUUAUAUGGGAGGGAGAGCAACACCCGGCACCUGAGAGUUUCUGAGACAGUGCCCAGUGCCUCUCCUCGGGCUGUGUCAGUAACAGUCAAUCAUGAGCAGAAUAACACCAUCCAUCUGAGCUGGGAGCCUCCUCCUCCUGUAACCCACAAUGGGAUCUUACAGGGAUACCAGGUGUGGUGUGUGGAGCCCGAAGAGCAGCAGUACCAAAACUGGACUGUGGAUAGUAGCCAACUGAGCCUUCAUAUCUCUAGCCUCAAACAAGGGAAGCAGUACUGGGUCACCAUAGCAGCAGUCAAUGGGGCUGGAGUAGGAAUGCUGAGUGACCCUCAUGGAUUUGUCAUCAACUCACAGUUAGGUGGACUACCCGAGGCAGAUAGCCAGAGGCGGCGUUUGUCCCCGGUCCUGGCCUUUCUUCAGGACCCUGUGUUGCUCGGCAGCAUCGGCGCCGUCUUGUGGUGUGUUCUGAUGGGUGCAGCGAUCUGUCUCUUCAGACACCACAGCAGGACCGGUCAGCUGAUACCAAGACCUGGCAAGGCUAAAGGUUUGCGAAGACUAGCCGGUGAAGAUCUCAUUAUAAAACACAGGAUGGCAGCUCCAGAUUCACCGUGGAUCCCCGGAGGCUGGAGACCUUCUUUGAGUCAAAAGUACCAUGACCUAUGGGCCCAAGGUCAGCAUCACCCAGGAAUCCGAAGCACCAGCCUCCCAGUCUCAUCCAAGAAGGACAGCAGCUGCCUGGAGUCGACCGCUCCCAUUGUGACCGAUAGCUGCGGUGUCUACGGCACCUUUUACGUGGACCUCAUGGGCAGUGGUCUUAAGACCUUCAACAGUCCGGGACGUGUCACUAAAAUGUCUCAUGGUUUGCCCCACAAAGAAGGAGCCGAAACUAUCCAGAUAUUUACUCAUCCUGCCAGCAAGCCCUCACCCAUCAUCAGCAGGGAGGCUCUGCCAUGGAAACAGGCCAUACGACCCCAGCCCAAGAUGGGUGUGCUAAGGGAAUCAUGGGAAAAGAACCACAGCAAGCAAGAGCUGCAUGCAGUGAGCAGUGUCCCUAUACUUUCAACAAGAACCCAGGGACAUAGUCACAUACCAGCUCUCCAGCACGGUGGACAUCCAGACAGUGGUAAACCUGUGGGUUGUCCUCGUCUGCUGCAUUACUCAGCAUCACUACAUCUUAUGGACAUGUUGCUGCCCCCUCCCCCAGUACCCACCGAGGACGCCACUGACACGCAAAGCCUCACCUCAGAUGGAGGCUCUAGUCGUUCCACAAAGCUAACAAUGGACAUGGGCUCUCUUCAGUCAGUGUGUCCUGCAUCAGGCCCCCAUGGACAACUGGGACCCAGCAACAAGAACAUCUGCCCAUCCUACAGCCACCUGUGCACUGCAUUAUCUUCUGUGUCACAGAGUGAUGAACAGGGCAGCAUGCUGACAGCACAGGAAGCUGCUGAGUACCUGGAGCUCACUCCUAAACCAGAGAGAUGCAGUGCCCUGCCAGAGCAGCGUCCUUCCCUGUCCCGUCAUUUUGCCUCGACGCUGAAUUACAUCUGCGGGCCGACUCGCUCUGCUCAGGUGCACGACGCCUUCACUGAGCCCGAACCUCCAUUAAAUAGUCUCCGUCAUGCCUGCCGUCAGAGCUCGCCUUCCUCCUGCUACAGCGAAUGGGACAGCUCUCUGUGGAACACGAUCAGCUCAGUCAUGGACAGCAACCUGUCCAGUGCCCGAACCAGCCUCAUCAGCUCCGUGGACAGCUGCUACACUAAUGACAGUGCUAACUUUGCUCAUCUCCUGGCCAUGGCAGCGGAGAGCAUGAGCGGAGCCUCUUUGUCAGAUUUCUCUCCGCCUGCCUCCCCCCUCAGCGCCUUGUACCCAUCUUUCCACGCAGAAGGCGACUCAUUCGGCGAACUGGAGCCUGUUUCUGCUUGGGACUGGAGCAUGGCCUGGAUGGAGGAAAUGGAGGCCCAGUACUCAGAACACUAUCCUGACAGAAACACCAGACCCUUCAACAGUUAGGGACUCUGCUACAAUGGUGACUGAACUACCACAGCUGAAGUUUAAGAGCUGCAGAUACAACUCCCAAGACCAAGGGACAGACACUGAUCCAUUCACGUUCUCAGAAAUGUUGGUAACAGUUACGCGGUUGCGUUUAUUCAGGUUUUUAUUUUUGUUUCUGUCUGAUCUGGUUUCAUAUAGCUCAUACUGUAUAUGUUUGGGACACCUUCGCAGGCAGAUGCAUGCCUCUCUUUUUUUAAAUACUUCUCCCCACUUAUCUCAGGGUAGCGUCCUUGAAAUGACUUCCACAGAGUCGAAGAAGUUCUCUUUUUUCCUUCUCUACAUCCUUUCCGCUCAUUAGAGAAACAAUAAUGAGAUACUUCCCUCAGGAUAUUCUCACCCAGCAAAAGGCCAGAGAGAUGCAAAGGCAGGAUGCUAGAUGGUCAGAAAACAGUCAUUAGGCAGAGAUCCUGUGCUGGAGGUUCCCUCUCAGCACGUCUGUAUUUUUUGCAGGACAUUUUAUUUGGUGCUGAAGUCGUAUGACACAGAGGAUUUCACUCACUGAUCAAACAUGUGUAUAUAUAUCUAUAUGUAUAUAUAGAUAUAU